AUGAAUGAAGAAUUGGGUCUAUAUACAGUAUAUUCAAAGGUUAUUUACGGGAUAUAUUCAGUUUCCUUUCAGAUAAAGAUAGAUCUGCAGUAUAAAGGUCUAUCUAUGGAGCAAGAGAGGGUCUUUGCUUCCUAUGCCACAAUUGAUUUAUCUGGAAAUAGACUUGAAGGAGAAAUUCCUGAAUCUGUCGGUCUCUUAAAGGCACUAAUCGCACUCAACUUGUCGAACAAUGCCUUCAUAGGCCAUAUUCCUCGGUCUUUGGCCAACCUUACGAAGCUCGAGUCACUAGACCUAUCCACUAACCAGCUCUCAGGGACUAUUCCUAAUGGACUAGGGGCUCUCUCGUUUUUGACGUACAUGAACGUGUCCCACAACCAACUCAAUGGUGAAAUACCACAAGGAACGCAAAUAACUGGGCAACCGAAAUCGUCAUUUGAAGGAAAUGCAGGACUUUGUGGUUUCCCUCUUGAAGGAAGUUGCUUUGGGACUAAUGCGCCACCAACACAUCAGCCUAAAGAAGAAGUAGAAGAAGACGAAGAAGAGGAACAAGUGUUAAAAUGGGAAGGCGUGGCUAUAGGGUAUGGGUUUGGAGUGUUGCUUGGAUUGGCAAUAGCACAAAUCAUUGCUUUGUACAAACCGGAAUGGCUAAUUUGUGUGAUGAAGUGUGGACACCGUUAAGAUUUUCUUUUAUUGGUUAUGAGUUUGAUCCUUUAAUGUCAGUCAAGUUGUUGUGUGUAUCAAUGUAUUUUAUUGAAGUAUUUUCGUAUGUUUGUU